CAACUUGCAAAUCACAGUUGAUUAUGUAUGAGAGGAUCCAGACUGAAGAAAAGCCGUACAUAUACACUGAAUGUGGCAAAACCUUUGAUCAGAACAACUCUGUUGUGCUUCUUGGAAGGAUCCAUACGGGAGAGAAGCCCUACAAGUGCUCCCAAUGCAAUAAAUGCUUUAGCGAGCAUGGCAACAUGGACUCACACCAAGGAGAAACCGUUUAAAUGUCCUGAUUGUGGGAAAUGUUACUAUGAUAAUUCCAGGCUGGUGACACACCAGAGGACUCACACAGGAGAGAAACCAUACGAGUGUCCUGAUUGUGGGAAAAGUUUCAGUUGGAAUUCCAGCCUGGUGAGACACCAGAGGACUCACACAGGAGAAAAACCCUUUGAAUGUCCUGAUUGUGGGAAAGGUUUCAGUCGGAAUUCCAACCUGGUGAUACACCAGAGGACUCACACAGGAGAGAAGCCCUUUGAAUGUCCUGAUUGCGGGAAAAGUUUCAGUCAGAGUUCCAGUCUGGUGACACACCAGAGAACUCACACAGGAGAGAAACCAUACGAGUGUCCAGACUGUGGGAAAGACUUCAGUAUUAAAACUAGCCUUCUAAAUCAUAUGCUAAUACACACAGGGGAGAAACCAUUUGAGUGUCCCGAAUGUGGAUGGUGCUUCAGGAAACAUUCCAGUCUUAUUGCACACAAGAAAAUCCACAUGACGCUCCAAGUGAUGAGUGUAGAGAAGGUUUGAAUUUCAUUUCUAAUGUCCCAUUGCAACUCCAGCUGAUAUAUUGACUAUUAAAUUUGUCUACAAAGAAUUUGCCCAUUUUUUUGGUAGGCAAACGUAAUGGUACUAAACGGGAAGGUGGAAGGAAAAGAUGGCAAUAUACUAGUUUGAUAAUGCUUAUCUGGCCAUCAGGAGCAGAAUUUGCUGGAAAUGGGUAGUCCUCGGGGUUCGAAUGCAAUGCAGCCUGCCCAUUCCAUCUGUAACUCGAGAAUUUGUGGGAGUGAAUCUCAUAUAUUGAACGACAUCACUUCCUGCUUCCACUCUUGCAUUUGCUGCUUUCUCACCGCAGAUCAGCCUGAAAAGGCCUCUGGCACCGAGAAAGCAACCUUGAGAAUCUGCAUGCGGCUGCUUUGUUGUCGGCAAAGCGCUUGAGGAUUGUGUUCCUGUAGGCUUUGACAGCCUUUUGCAAACAGCCUUUGCCUGUAAGAUAGGAUCAGGGCUUCAGAGGAGUGUAUCUGCUCCUCCCAGGCUCCACUGGUGCCAACAAAGGCUUUUUGCAACAGGCUGCUGAAGACUACAGGAACGCAAUCUCUCUGGAGGCUUCGGCAAUGAAUCGGCAAAUGGAGGGAAGGACUGAAGGAUCAAAGUCUUCUGUCGGUUUGCAAACGUCCAGGUCUCAAUUUGCAGAGAAUAGAGGUCUAAAGUGUGAGAUUGCACAAGAUUUCGGGCAACUGAUGUUGCAUGAUCUUGUGAUACGUUAGGCCUCUGUUCUCUGCAAAUGCAGACAAAGAGAGAUC